CGCCGCCAUCCUCUCGCACUCCGGGGCUGACACCCUGCUGAGGAACAUGGAGAACGAGACAGCUCAGGACCUGGCUGAUGGCAACGAUGAUCUCCUUGCCUUGCUGCCCUUUGAUGACCUGAAGAUCUCAGGGAAGCCUGUUGUGUGCUCUGAAUGAGCAGAUGGAUUCCUUUGGCCCAUUGGGCUGCCUCCUGCCUCUGUGCUGGCCCACCAGGAUCUUGCCUGCCUGCAGUUCGAUUUUGCCUUCCCCUCGUGCUGGCUUCCCUCCCUACGAUGGCUACAGGUGAAGAGAUCGCCCCUGCCCUGCAGGACUCGUGGGGGGACUUCUGGCUCUUCCGUUUCUUUGUGAAUGCUGCUGGCUAUGCGAGUAUUGUGGUACCGGGCUUCCUCCUCAUCCAGUACUUCAAGAGAAGGAACUACUUGGAGACAGGCCGAGGCAUUUGCUUCCCUGUCAUCAAAUCGUGUGUGUUUGGCUCUGAGGUGAAGUCUGUACAUCAGGACGAUGGCUCCCUGCCACCCCGAGCAGAGCCCACAGAGUCCUCCACAGCCCGACAGGUCUUCAAGCUGCUCUUCUGUGCUGCUGGUCUACAGGCUUCCUACCUCACAUGGGGUGUCCUCCAGGAGCGUGUGAUGACGAGAACAUACGGUGCCACUGAAACAGACCCUGGUGAGAAGUUCAAGGACUCCCAGUUCCUCGUGUUCAUGAACCGCAUCCUGGCCUUCACAGUGGCUGGUCUGUACUGCGCCCUGACCAAGCAGCCACGCCACGGGGCUCCUAUGUACAAAUACUCCUUUGCCUCCCUCUCCAACAUCCUCAGCAGCUGGUGUCAGUAUGAGGCACUCAAAUACAUCAGUUUCCCCACCCAAGUGCUGGCCAAGGCCUCCAAAGUGAUCCCAGUGAUGAUGAUGGGCAAACUGGUGUCACGCAAGAGUUACGAGUACUGGGAGUACCUGACUGCGGCCCUCAUCUCCGUGGGGGUCAGCAUGUUCCUGCUCUCCAGCGGUCCUAACAGGACGGUGUCCACUGUCACCACUUUCUCUGGCAUAGUGCUCCUGGCUGGCUACAUCAUCUUUGACAGCUUCACCUCCAACUGGCAGGACGCUCUCUUCACCUACAAGAUGUCUCCCGUGCAGAUGAUGUUUGGCGUCAACGUCUUCUCCUGCCUUUUCACCGUGGGCUCGCUCCUGGAGCAGGGUGCCUUGCUGGAGUCGCUGCGCUUCAUGGCUCGCCACUCGGAGUUCACCGCCCACGCCGUGCUGCUCUCCGUGUGCUCUGCCUGCGGCCAGCUCUUCAUCUUCUACACCAUCAACCAGUUCGGGGCAGCCGUCUUCACCAUCAUCAUGACGCUGCGCCAGGCCUUUGCCAUCCUCCUCUCCUGCCUCAUCUACGGGCACACGGUCACUGUCGUGGGUGGGCUGGGCGUGGCCGUGGUCUUCGUGGCCCUCUUUCUGCGUGUCUACGCCCGCAGCCGCAUGAAGAAGUGCAGCAAGAAGCUCCCGCCGGGGGACACCCCUGUACAAAAGGUCUAAGGAAGCUGAGGCCAUGGCAUUUCAGCCAUGCCUGCUGUCCUGCCUCCACUUGAGGGUAUUUGCUUGAUUUCUCAGAACCCGCUGAGGAGAAGAGUGGGGUAUGGAGAGGCAGGACGAGUGACUCAGUUUUCCACCUGCUUUUCCUGGGAAAGGGGCUGGAACAAGCCCAGGAAAUGCUCUGGGCUGAUGCAGCUCCAAACCUUUCCAUUUGCCUUAAUAGUCAAAGACUUAGAGCCAAGGCACAGGCCUGGGGGCACACCAGCAUGGGGCUGCUGGUACUCCUGUCCCACCUCUGUCUUGUGGCUUCUCCCCAAAGUCAGUGAUGAACAAGGGAACUCCUCCCUGGCACUGUCUUGCCUUUGGCUAAUGUUCCUCCAGUUCUGUUAGUAUUACAGAGCUUGGCAGGAGGAAAGGGCAAGUAAAACACUAGGUUUCUUUUUGAAACACCUCUAAGAGAGGCAAGUCCCAUGUUGAGCUCAUCAAAGGGUGGGGAGUGCUCUUCCUCCAUUCCAGGAGGGGCUCUGCGUAGUACAGGCACAACCAAGGGAAGGACUCCCAGCCUGUCCUACCCCAGGCCUGGGAUCUGCUCUGGGAGGGCACUGCAGUGGAAGCCAGUACCUCCCAGUUUGGUUUUAUGAAUUCUUUGCCCCUGCUCCAGGACGCUUUUCUUUGCUCCCUGCACUCAGCCCAGGCUGAUUUUUAUCCAGUACCUGAGCUGGGCAGUGCCCAAGGCUUGCCAAGUCCUUGGAGGUUGCUUUUUGGUUACAUCUGCUGAUGGUACAGGCCAAAGGCUGCGCUGCCCAGAAGCCCCAGCACCACCUCGGGGUCCCUCAGUGCCAUGGUUUCUGGGCUUUGCAUUUGCCAUUCAGACAAGCACAAACAACCCCCUCUUUUUCCUGCCUGAAGGCACUAGUCUAGCCCUGGUUUUCCCAGGGGCUGGCCAGAGGCUGUGCCUGGAGGGUUGGGACAUGGGGCAGAGCCCGCUUGCGGUGCCUUGUUCCUGCUCCACAGACAGCCGGGGAAUGGAGCAGUGAAAGCUGUUCUUCCCCAGAAGCCUGGGCUUUAUUGGAUAAUCCUUUUCUCAUCAACACAACCUGACUGACAAACCAGCAGGUUUUGGUACUUUUGCAAGGCAACUUUUUUUCUCUUUUUAUUUUAUUAAAUUAAAAAUAUGCUGCAUAU